AGAAAAAAAAACGAGAAGAAAGAAACAGAACAGAAAUAAAUAGUGUCGAAAAAUGAAAACGCACUUGGCCUAGCGCAGAAGAACAUUUGCGAUAGUUUGUUGUUGUUGGUGUAUGAAGUACGGAUCGUUAAUUGGCAGUACGAGGUGCAAUAUCCGUGGUGCAUUUGUGCAAUCCCACGCAAGGGCACGCAGGCGAACUUGCAUCGCGUGCGAGGUGGCAUUUCCUCGGGUGGUUCUCGGAUCACUUCGUCCGUGCGUCAGGUGUAGAAAACAGGAAAGGAAACGAAACGCACAGGACCUCCUCCCAGGACUGAGCGGCACCAUUACCGUUGAAACUCAGUAGAAUUGUGCGUUGUGCUUCGAUUGGCUGUUAGUGUCGUUUGUUUGCCUUGAGUCGACAUCACUGCUGCAUGUGAGGCAAACGGAUGGGAAGAAUUGCACAAUUGAUUUUUCCUAACCACGAAUCGCGAAGGGCUGUCACCCACACGCCUGGGUGUGAAGCUUGAAAACAAACAUUAAAGACAUAGGUGACAAAUUGCAAUUGGUGAAGAAAGUUUUCGUAAUCGUACAUUCUGUAAAAUAAAAUAAAAACAUCAAGUAGUGCAAAAAUCGUGUCGUGCAGGCUAGUAAAAGCAUAAUGGAGGAUAAACUGUUUACAAGCGUUGAGGAGGAGUGCAUGUACUGGAAGGAGCGAUGCCUGAAGGUGUCGCAGGAACGGGACGAUGCGCAACGGGAGUUCGAUGACUUCACCACCGAGUCACGGCAGCUGGAAGCCGAGCUAGAAAUGACGGUCGAGCAGCAGGAAAAGAAGAUUCGCGAUCUGAACCAGCUGGUAAAUCAGCUGCACGGCGAGAACGAAUCCUACAAGAGGAAGAUGCAAUACACGGAAAAUGAAACAAACAAAAUCGAUGCGGACUAUCGACAAUUGGCGAAAGAGAAUGAAAAGCUAAAGGUGUAUAUCCGGGAGCUUGAGCAGAAAAAUGACGAUCUCGAACGGGCAAACCGGGUGGCCAGUGAAAGUGUAGCAGAAUUCGAAUCAAUGUUAAACCAAGCAUACGAAAAAAAUGCACUGCUUGAACUGGAAGUGGAUGAGAAAGAACGCAUGCAAAUUAAACUACAGCGAUUAAUGGACGAGGCACGCGAUUUGAAGCAGGAGUUGAAAGUACGCACCCUGAAACCGGAUGAGCACGGUGAAAAGCUGGAAGAAGGUGAGGUGAGCGAAAGCAGAGAUGACAGAAACAAGCAGCUAGAUCCAUCGAACGACAGCACAUCAACAACAACCAUCGCUACAGCCGUAACGUCUGGGAUCGAUGCGCAACAAAUGAACAAUGUUUGUCUUGACGGUGGAACAGAUCCGACAGAGACGGCAUUGGCUGGUUCUAAGUUGGAGACGCUUAAUAACAAUCUUAACACCAGUAAGCAGCGCAGUUCAUUCGCCUCACCUAUGGUGAAACUAUCGGCGAAUAAAUUGAAUGACUUUGGGCGCGAAACGACCAUGGAACCGGAUUCUGCAAAAACAUUGGACGGGAUCGUAGGGGACGGUGUAAAGGCGGCACUCCUAUCGCCCAGUAGUCAGCUGAUAAUUGAACGAAAUGGAAACAAUGCGUCAUCCACGGCACUUGUUCCUGGUGGCCUUGGCGGAAUUAAUGCUCCAAUGGCUCCAAGCGAUCGUGUAUCCACGCUCAAUAUUGUUGCCGAUCUUUUGCGAAGGCUAGACAACAUGGAGGCUAAACUAAAGGCAUGGAAAAUUCGUAAACCCUCGUCCCGAACAGGACCUGGCAGUGCCGGCACGAUGGCUAGCAAUCGCACAUCAUUACACACCAGUCAUACCAUCUCAAAUCUGCACCACAGCAGUGGAACGGGAGGACUGAUGAGCAGUAAUCAACAAAACCACCAGCAUCAUCACCAUAGUAACCAUCAUUACCAAAGCCAGUUGCAGCAACAUCACCACACAGACAGCAAUCUCUCGCUCAAUUCGCUUGGUUCAGCAGAUGGUGCGCUGUUGCUAACUUCACCCGUCAACUGUUGCGGUACCGGUAGCAGUAGCACCACGGGCGGUAACGUGCAACUACACUCCUACCAACCCAGCACCAUCACGAUCGGCACGCAGACGUCUCAACAUCUGCCCGCAUCAACGCUUUCUGCAAAAACGGAGCUGUUGCGUACGAAUAAGUAAUGGUACGGUGGAAUUGCUGUUUGAACCCGCUUAACCACCGUGCACAAUACCGCCGGACGGAGAUUGUGUUUGCACACAAAAUGACGGUAAAUGUUUAUAAGAAAUCGAGGAACGUUUUGUUUUGCCAAUUCAAACAUUCUCUUUAGCAAAAGGUGUAUAAAUUAACGACAAUUCUGCAAAGGAUCCGAAGAAUACGAUAGCGCCACUGGUGACAAAGUGAUUUAAUUUAAACUUACCAGGUUUUUACGUUACACCGUCCAUUCGUGGGAUGGUGUAAUUUCGUUUAUACAAGUCAGUCUGCUGUAUGUAAGUUGGUUUUAAACGUAAUUAAUCCCGUUCCGUUUUUAAUAGUAUCCCCUUCAUCGGUUGUACAUAUAAACCAUAACAUGUGAUGAAGAUAAAAAGCCGGUGUGCAAGAGAAAAAAAAAAAACAGGUGUAGAUGACCACCAGCCUUCUGGUGGUAAGAUUUGCGUAAUGUAAUGAUUUGUAUUUUUUCUAUUUUCAUUAGAAUUAUCUAUUUAUGAUAUUUACCUAGCAGUACCAUCUGUAUGUGAUUAUGCUUAUGUGUGUAGCUUUCUGUAUUUUUUUUUCAUUCAAUUAGAAAGAUUUUGGAUGAGAUUCCUCCCCCAUUGUCGUGCAUUAAGAAUGUAUAACAGAUAAACUAUUUUUCAAACGAUUAGAUUAAUUUUGGAAUCGUUGAUCGUUUUCAAAAUAUUGCAUCCCUGCUAGACCUCUCGUUAAUCGAAUUACACUAGUUAGAGGAAAUAGCUAAUGAUUUGGUAUAUCCAAGCUCGGACGGACCACUAUAUUUGUUUUGCAGAAAAAAGUGAACAAACAGCGCUUAACCAAGCAGCAUUGAUUAUGACACUCAAUUGCACUGCUUAAAGUGGCGCAACAGUGAUAGAAAUAAUAUUCUUUCAGUUAACGCUUGCAAACAGCCUUGUCUUGCACAUUGAAAAACGGGAGAAACUUACUUUAAGCUAGAUUCUCGAAAAUCAAUCGAAUUGGAAGCUUUCUACCACUAAAACGUACUGAUCGCCCAACAAGUUAGUUCUUAAUGAAAUAAGCGUCUCAUUUGCGAAAUAUGCUCUUUUCCAGAGUACGGUUAAAUCCCUGGUCGGUAUACCGUGAAUUUGUAAGUAGAUUGGAAUAUUAACCACAGAACUACAAGGACAAAAGGUACAGAACUUUACGCUAUAUAUAUAGAUCAAAUUAUGUCUGCUAUUAGUAGGGGUGAAAUGAGCAAAAAAAAGCUCCACCUGAAGAAUAGAAGACUGGAGAAAAAAAAGAACAGGAAAAGUUUGAAUCAUGACGGCGAUACUACCCUCUACUCCUAAUGUGUUUGGCAAUGUUAUAAAUAUGUACUACACAUUCUGCAAUACAAUGGACAAAUAUUGCACCAUUAUGUGCUCAGAGCAACGAUAAAGGUGUAACACAUUGGUGAAAGAAACAGGGCUGGGAUGACUACUUGUUAGUAUGCGUAAAAAUAACGUUUAUGCAUCGUAACCGUACAAAUUGGGUUAGAGCUUGUGUAAUUGACGUUAGGCAGCAAAGAAAGCUAACAAAAAAGGUAUCCAUGUAAAACAAACAAAAAGUGAAACAAUGAUAAUAGGAACAGAGCAUAGCAAAACCAACCAUAGCAAGUGAUCAGUGAUCAAGACUAACGCAUAAUAAAGGCUAUAUUUAUUCAAA